AUGGAGCCCCGCUGGUCGGCGCUGGUGGCCGUCACCACCGCCCUGCUGCUCGGUCCAGUAGCUCACAGCGGCGUAAACUCAGCCGGCCAGCUGCAGAUCAGGCUCGUCUCCUUGACAGACCUCGACACUCCGGCUGCCAGCCGAGGGCGCUGUUGUCAGUCACCAAACAGCAUAGAUGACGCCACCUGCGACCAGCCCUGCCGCACAGUGGUUCGCCUCUGCGCCGCUGCAAGUGGGGCUGGCAUCUCACAGCGGCCCUCUGUGCGCUUUUCGCGCAUCUCCGCCCUCCGAUCCGGGCGAGGGCGUCGCUCGCCCGUGGCUGUUUCUCAGCAAUACACCGAUACCGCUGUGCCGAGUGGCCUGCCACCUGUCGGCGAAGAGGACGAACUACUACCGGUGGAGCAUCGAUCCGCCCAGCAAGAGGAGCCGUCCGGUGGCACCUCCAUCCAGGUGAUCCACCACCUCAUUUCCUCUGCUGACGACGAGUCCCAGGAGUCGACCGAGUCCAUUUCACCCAGUGAGGACUCUGUGGCUCGUCCACGACCUCGCGAUGAGUCCCCACGGCCUCGGGAAGAGUCCGGCGGGGUCGGAGAGUCCGCCGAGUCCGCCGGCGCUCCUGGGACGGCCACCAACACCACUGGUGACACCACCAGCAGCGGGCCACCUCUCCCGGGCUCGGCCCUGGUCGGCCGGCCCCAGGAGCCUCCUGUCGAUCAGCACGACAUUGGUCUGGUAUUUGUCGAAGACGACGACCUCAUCCAUCUGUACUUCCAGCCCAAACGGACCCGCACGCGCCGGAGGGUGGGCCGGCCAGGAGUCAGGACCGUCGCCAGGGAUGGCGAGCUGCCCAUCGGUACCAUCGAGCGGUCUGGACGACAGGCCCGGGCGGGACUGACAGAUACCGUCGGAGACUCACACUUUGACGGUCCUGACGACACUGCUGACAGGGUCGAUGGCUCGGAGGAUUCCAUUGAGCUAGGCGAGGGCUCUGGCUCAGAGGAGUCCGAACAGAGUCCGACGGAGGAAUCAGAGGAGGGUCCGGCGCUAGAGGUGGCCCACUCCCGGCGCACAGGGGACGUAGGGACUCCGCGCAGGACCUCCGAAUGUCCCCUAGGCACCGCGUUUGUGACCGUAUCAGCUGAUGAUGCGGAGACCCUGCCACCGAUCAGCCUCCCGUUCGACACACCCUGGCCAGGACGGUUGAGGUUAGCGGUCGAAGUUUGGAGUGACUUCACCGGCGACCUGGAUCUGCCCGUCACCGACACCAGCCAUCUGAGUCUCGCGCGUUUGGCCGGCCGGGCGACUCUGCGGACAGCGCUGAAGCCCGGAGCGUGGUCCAGUGAGGUCAUCACUGCGGGCACUUCCCAACUGGAGGUGCAGACUCGCGUACUCUGCAGUCCCGGCUCCGACCGAGAGCACUGCGCCACGCAGUGUGACAGGGCGGUCGGCAGCGGCGGCCACUGGCGCUGUCUGGAGGACGGCUCAGCAGUCUGUAAGGACGGGUGGCAGGGAACGCACUGUGACCGGCCCGUCUGUCUGUCCGGCUGCAGCCCUACAACCGGCUACUGCCGGGUGCCCGGCGAGUGCCUCUGCAAAGUCGGGUACCACGGCGAACUGUGCGACCAGUGUGUGCCCCUGCCCGGCUGCAGAAACGGCUUCUGCAGGCGCAGCUUCGAAUGUCGCUGCAAAGACGGCUGGACAGGACUCUUCUGCGACAAACCCAUAUGUGCCAAAGACUGCGAUAGGGACCGGGGCUUCUGCACCAGACCAAACGAAUGCAGGUGCCGCCCCGGCUGGCGCGGCGCGCGCUGUGACCAGUGUGUGCGGCUGCCCGGCUGUCGUCACGGUACCUGUAGCGGCCCCCUCGAGUGCCGAUGUCGGCACGGAUGGACGGGCUUCCUCUGCGAGCGAGCAAUCUGCAGGGAGAACUGCAGCAAGCAGCACGGCUUCUGCGAACAGCCCGGUGUGUGCAGGUGUGAGCUUGGCUGGCACGGUGAUUUGUGUGACACCUGUCUGCCGUACCCGGGCUGUGUGAAUGGCAACUGUACCGAGCCCUGGCAGUGUAACUGUCACAGCGGAUGGACCGGCUUCCUCUGCGACAAACCCACCGAACCGUGUCCUGCCGGUACCGACCCCUGCAGGAACGGCGGUACCUGCGAGAUGGUGCUGCAGGACGGCCUGCCGGUGCCGCGCUGUGUCUGCACCACCGGCUUCAGCGGCGCCACCUGCGAGCAGCGGGACCCUCCGCUGGAGUCCCCGGGUGUGCCCUCCCGCAGCACCUGGGACAGCCGCCGGGCUGCAGUAGGCAGGUGGCGCGGCGGUCGGCCGUAUGUUCCGCUUCGUCCCGGCCCGGCCAGCCCGCUGUGGCCCGGUAUUCAGUUGCCAGCCGUUGGACACUGAAAACACAGAUCACAGGCACGGGAUGUGCAGUGGCAGUUAGGGGGAUGGGUGUCAUUGAAGAGACGCUGGUGGCAAUGGGGAGGAAGGGAAGGGAGUGUGGCGCUAAUGAAUAGGCGCGCUGGUCGAGGGGCGAUGGUAAAUAUAGGGCUCAGUAAUACUCAGCACCAUGUCUUCACUGCUGGUCGAAGGGUCUCUUCAUUUGAGACCAAUAGUACACGUAUAGAGGCAUUUGGAUGCGGAUUGUGAUCGGAUGAAGGAUGUACGAGUAUGCUGAGAUGAGCUAAUAAUAUGAGCCGUAGGUGACGGGCAUGGGCUGAGAUUCAAUUGACAAAGUCGCAUUGUUGUCGUGUGCGUGGCAUCACAGCAUGGUACGGGUUGCAUAAUAUGCGAAACAGGCAAGCGUAGAAGGAACGACGCAUGCAUUUGGGCAAUUAUUAGCAAUGGGACUGUGGGCAUGACCUGGUGCGUUUUGCGGGGCUAGCGGCAAUGGAAAUUGGAGUGGAAUGGAAUGAAAUACAGCCUUGUGAUUUAUCUUA